AUGCAGAUCCCCUAUCUAUGUUCGGAUCAAGCAAAGCAUUUGGUGUUUCUUCUAAUUAGGUUUCCCCAAGCUAUAAAGAUAAACCAAGUUGGAGUUUUCUAUUUUCAUCAAUGGCUGCCUGCACUUCCCAGCUCCCCUUAUUUCAAACCUCCUGAUGCUCGGAGGCAGGUCGGGGUAUUGGCUGUUCUAGGCCGGGUUGGGUUUUCGGGUGCAACUCAAAGUUGUGGAUGCUUAGAGGUUCAGAUGUCCUGUUGUGAAAUUCGGAACGAAUUCCCGAGAUCAAAUUCUAGAGGAAGAGCUGUUCAAGCGCAAGAAGAGAAAAGGAUUUCGCGGUUUCUCUGACAUUAUCACGGUAUGACUGAUCAAGAAUGACAAUAGGAGUUUAUAACAAGCAUAUGGUAAGUGAAUUAUGUUGGUGGUUUGCACGCCUGAAUGAUUACGCAGGCUCUUGCUUGAACGUGAUAACAUGUGCGUUGCUUUGUAAAUUUUCCGGUUCUGCAGCAGAGCUCAAUUAAGCAAAAACUUCAUCUACUCGAUAGAACUAACUCAAAUAUUCGUGACCUUCUUUGCAAGUUGUUCCAUUUCACCCUGAUCUUGAACAAUGAUCAAGACUUUUUUAUUAGAAAACAGAAGUGAAUUUGAUUGCUCUGUUGUUUCCCUGUACCUGGUUUAGGAAUUCCACCGCUUUCCACUUCCCGUGCUCUCAAAAAGAUCCAAAAUUUGCAUCACUUCGGAUGAUAAUGAUGGUCAAUGUAGGGACCUUGUUUUGAGGCUUGAUGGAUUCGGAUUGGUGAUGAAUCGGGUGAGCAUAACUUUGAUAGCCACUGGUUUAAACGCCGAGAAGUAGGUGAUGGGAGGACUCCCCGGGUCUAUAUAUAGUUAUAUACUUAUAUACAUGCUAGUGAUAAAAUGUAAACUCAUACUC